UCAGUGAAGUGGUGCGUCUCCGGCAGCAGCAGCAGAAACAGCAGCAGCUCCAGCGCGUGUGCGUAAAAAAGGAGCAUACAGAUCCACAGAGGUGGAAUCAAAGGUUCGGGAUGUUUCCCGGUUCAACUUCAGCCUCGACGCCCUUUUCUGUCAAGGAUAUUCUGAAGCUGGAGCAGCACAGGGAGUUUGAAAAUGAAGUGGUGGCUGCGGAGCAGGUCGUCACCAUGCACCACCACCACCACCACCACCACCAGCAGCACGUGCACACGCACGUUCACGCGGACUGCAGGCCGGAGCCGUGCAGCGUCUCCAGGACGCAGGAGAAUCACAGCUCAGCAGCAGAAGAUGAGAUGAAUGACCAGGACUUGAGUGACUGUUCACCAGACUGCGACAAACGCGCACUGCAGUGCCGCAGCAGCAGCGGCAGCAGCGGCAGUUUCAGGCCCAGGCAGCGCAGGAAACCCCGGGUCCUCUUCUCUCAGUCGCAGGUGUCAGAGCUGGAGCGACGCUUCCGGCAGCAGCGCUACCUGUCCGCCCCGGAGCGGGAGCAGCUGGCCCGCGUGCUGCAGCUCACCUCCACCCAGGUCAAGAUCUGGUUCCAGAACAGACGCUACAAAUGUAAGCGGCAGCGGCAGGACAAGACUCUGGAGCUGGCCGGUUUCCCCGCUGCGCCUCGCAGGGUCCCGGUGCCGGUGCUGGUGCGGGACGGACAGCUGUGCGCAGGCGCACAAUCGUCACCGUACAACGUUUCCCUUGGACAUUAUAACACGGUGUUUGGCUGUGGAAGCAGCAGCGGCAGCAGCAGUGUGUACGGCUGCGGGUUCAACAUGUCCCACAUGUGUCAUAAGCAGCUGCUUGAAGAAGUUCCCUUCACUCACCACGGACACUUUCAGGCUUCUUUACACGGAGUAAGAGGCUGGUGAUACAUUUACAGCUUUAUAUGUUAUUAUUGUAUAUUUUAUUUGUAUCUGUUGUCUCUUCUUUUU